AUGAGCAGUAUUCUGGAGAACCUGGAGCAUUUGGUGGAGAACACCACUGGCAAGAGAAGAUCCUCUUCUAGCGGCAGCCUGCCGCCUCCACUUCAAAAACUCAUUGAUAAGGCGGAGAAGGACGAAGAGUUGUACGAGGACCCAUGGGGCAAAGCGCCCGCAUUGACUGAUGUGGACAAAGCCGAAACUAAGCGCAAGGAAACAACGACCACGACCACGGCCACCAAGAAGCCAGUGCCCAAACCGAAGAAAGAGUCCGAAGAGAAAAAGACCUGA